AGGCCAUUGCAGCUUUUAUUUCUUACAAUGCUGUUGGGAAGCGUUCCCGAAAAAUAGUUGAGAUUAAUUAAAGACCACAUUAUUGCAAUAAAUUAUGGAUGAACAUGUAAUCAAUGUUUGUACGAGUAGAAGUGUCAGUCAGGCUGAGAGUGUGGAGCCAGAAGUUACUACUGCUUCUUGCUUAGAUGCUCAGGAUGAAACAAAAAUAGAGCGUUUAGGAAACACAAGCAACAUUAAGAAGUCGUACGAGUCAUGUGAUUGGCCCGAGGCAGACUGCAUCAGUCACUGCUCCAGUGACUGGAGUGACAAGAAAAGUAGCUCCGACUCUUUAGACUGGAGCGCUCGUCGCGUUGUCGACGAAGAUGGCAAGGAAAAUGUAAGUUUGGGAGGACCACGAAGACGGUGGCGCAACAAAUACAAAUUGAGCAACGACAGCGGCGUAGCAAUCAGUGCAGUGAGCAGUGUAUGCAAGAAGAGUGUCGGUAGUAGCAACGGUAGCGCCGAUAACCUGUGUUGUAAUAGCAAUGGUUUUGCCGUCUCUCGCUCUAACAACAGCCUCAAUGAGUCAUGGGACAAGAGCUCUGAUUGUCUUAGUGCAAACCGCAGUUCCGAGAGCAUCAGCAUGUUCGGCAACAACGUUGACAGCGUCGAGAGUAGCUUGAGUCUCAUGAACAGUAUCGACAGUUUCGCCGCUAAUAAAAGUUCAGAUAGUUUGAACCUGAAUAAUCAAGCACAAAACGCUACUGCAGAUGUCAUUAGCAGUAAAUGCAAAAAGCAUUCUCCAUCCACGUGUAAGAAAAAUUCCGAUUCGCAAUCAAAAAACAAUGAUCGUAAGUCACUCAAAGGUGUGAGCUUUUACAAAAAAUUGAAGGCCAAGUGUCGGCCUGAUAGCAAAUUACGAGAAUGGAAAAGUCGUACUAAUGUGUCCUGUGAUAUUGAAUGGAGCGAAUUCAAUAGAACUGAUGAUCCCCCUAAGAGUGACCAAGUAUUUUUCAACUCAAGUUGUGAAGUGUUGGAUCGUUUAAGCUUUAAUAAUACAGAAUGCUCGUGCUAUUUGCAGGGUCGUGAUGGAGUGUCACGAUCGAACGAUAAUUUUAGUCGCGUGUCGCACGACACACAGAGCUGCAUUGUAACGCAAGACAACCCAGGCUGCAAGAACAAAGUCCGGGCCUCUUGUGAUGGCGGUGCUGGGCCUCCUCACCAAAUCGAAAACGAAAGUAAAGCCCAGGAUGCUCAGGGCAGCAACUACUUAAUGAAAAGUCUGGAUUCAUGUGAUAAUUAUUCUGGCAGUGAAAAUUAUGGUGUGCAGGGGCCGUUCACCCCUAAGUCAUCACGUCACAGUCUCUUCUCAAACAGUACUCCCAAUUCUUUAUCAUUGACCCCAAAAUCCCUCUCCUCCACCUCUGAAUCGCUGCUUGAAACACCUGACCAUAUCAAUAAUCCCUUACUCACCAAUUCUUUCCAGUCGUUUAUCGACACUCCGACAUCAAUAUCUGCCUAUUACCAGCCCAAUUCGUCUCCUCAGUCUCUUCCUCAAUCUUCAAGUGCCGUCAAUCAAAGUGGCGUUAAUAACGGACUAAGUUCAGCUAAUUCGUUCGUGUAUUCUGCCUCGCCGUCGGAUUCACUGAAGGUCCCAACAGCUAGAAUACCCAUGUCUCAUGGAGAAUCGCCAAGUGCGCUAAAUUCUCAAAACUAUCUUACUCUCAAUAUGGAUUCUUUUUCGAAUACUCCGAAUUCAGCUUUGAACACACCUGGUUCUGCAUCCAACUUGUCGAACUCUUUGUCUCGACCGGCACCUGCUGUGUUCUGCCAAGCGGGACUCUGCUACUCCCAGCCUGAGUCCUUUUACCAGCAACAGGGUGACGGGUGCUCGGGCGUGCUAAUAUCUCACGGCAACAGCCGCUUCUAUUCUCUAUCUACCGACACCUUCGAUGCUGCUUCAGCCACCGCCGCCUCGUGUGACCCGUACCCCUCUGUUGAUGUUCAGCCUGACUGUGAUGGCGCUUGUGGGGAAGGCGAGGGCGAGAGCGCUACCAGCAGCGGCACCAGCAGCUCCAAGAGCUACGAUUAUUUGCUCAAGUUCUUGCUGGUGGGCGACAGCGACGUUGGCAAGCAUGAAAUAUUGAGCGGACUUGAGGAUGGCGCCUCAGAGAGUCCAUACUGCGUCGGCAGUGGUCACAAGACUACGGUGAUUUUACUGGACGGGAAGCGCGUGAAGCUGCAGUUGUGGGACACGUCAGGCCAGGGCCGCUUCUGCACCAUCAUCCGGAGCUACAGCCGCGGGGCACAGGGCAUCCUGCUCGUCUAUGACAUCACCAACAAGUGGUCCUUCGAGGGCCUCGACCGGUGGAUGCAAGAAAUUCAGGAGCACGCGCCCGGUGUGCCCAAGGUGCUGAUCGGCAACCGCCUGCACUUGGCAUUCAAGCGCCAAGUCAGUCAAGGACAAGCCGAGCAAUACGCAGCCAAGAACAGGAUGGGGCUGUUCGAGGUGUCGCCGCUGUGCGACUUCAACAUCGUCGAGAGCUUCACGGAGCUGUCGCGUCUGGCGCUCAAGAGGAACGGCAUGGAGAGGCUGUGGCGGGCCAGCAAGGUGCUGUCGCUGCAAGAGCUGUGUUGUCGUACCAUCGUGGCGGCCACUUCUGUGUACGGCAUAGAACGCCUGCCGCUGCCUCCUGGUCUUCGGUCUACGCUCAAGAGCUACACCAUCCAGAACCACGCCACACGCCUCAGACAGGGCAUCCCGGUCACGGACAAGCACAAAAAGAAGCACCUUACGCUGCCUGGCGACUGCGGCAACAAUAGCACCAGCACUUCAUGUGUCAACACCUCGACUUGCGUCCUGCAAUGACUAUUGCAACGACUGGUCCCGAGGUCCCGCGCCGCUGCCGUCCUCGGGCCCACGCGCAGAAAGUGUAAACGCAGCGACCAAGGAAGAUGAACGCCGUCUUGACAUAUACCGUGCACAUUGACGCCGAAAAACCAUUGAAAAAUGUUAUCUUUUUGGUCGGUGUAUAAAUUAUCAAAACCUUCACUCAUUCUCAAUGCAAUGACAAGAUGGUGAAUUAUACUCUUAACCAUGUUCGACACGCAGUAGGUACUCAUGGAUAUACCGACGAAUUAUUCAUGAUCAAAGAUUUGUGUCUAUUUAUCUGCCUCGAAAAUCUUCUUGGUGUAUUAGAGCAAGAACUGACAUUCAGUGGAACCUCAAUGUCUAGUUCAAGCAUUCGAUAAGUAGAUGAUAGCAAUCACGCACUGUAACAUUAUUAUAUACACUCAUGACGAUAAGUAAUAGUGAAGCAAAGUCGCUCACAAGGUUUAAGGAGUAGUGCAAUAUCCAUUAUCCUUCAAUGUCCAUCUUGAGAUCAUUUACCGUGGCAGGAGAUACGAUGCUGAGCGAGCAUUUGUAAAGCCAUGCGUUUGAUUUUUCUCCGAUCUUGCCAAAAUUAUUACUCCUAAAGGCUUCUAUUGGUGUUAUUUUCGAACUGACGCCUUCAUUUUUUCGACAAGAAAGUCAACCAACAAGCGAUUACGUCUGUAACGAGUGCUGUUGUAACCUAUGUGUCCAUAAAACACGGGAUUUUAUCACAUAUUAAUAUAAGUGUAUAAGGUACCAUAAUUUCCAUCGAAUGCCCUAACACACGUAAUGUGUAGGGUUAUUCUAAAUGAUUGACCCGAUAGGAUUUAACGAAUUCGUAUUUAUUCGAGUAUAAUUUCAAAAUGAAUAAUUUAUACACUAAUGGGAAGAGGAGGAUUAAGAUUCGAAGUUUUUUUUUUACAAAUUUAUAAAUGUUCAAUAUUGUGUACCUUGUGUUACCCUUGUGCUGCACGGCAACAUUUAAGCGGUAGCCAAACUCAAACUCGUCGCACACACGAGAAAGCAUAUCUUCUUUUACCUAGUGCACCGUAGCAGUGAUAC